CACCAUCUGCUCACGUGACAAUGUGUUGCUGUACCCAGCGCUGCCGUCAGCCAUCUUGGUCAACACCCACCCAGUGCAUUCACUGCGGUGCGCAGGCAGUCCAAUCACAGAGAACCGGUGCUAAGCUGACCGGAGGAGGGCUGUGAUUUUUCAGCACGGUGCUCUCUGUUGCAUUUUAAAUCCCCAGUCGGCACAAAAGGCGAUAACAAGAGGCUGAAGAGGAGGAGGCGGUGGAGGAGUAGAAGGCACAGACAGCAGCCUGUUUCACUCAGUUGUAGCAAGGAGGAGAGGAGGAUGCAUGCAUAAAGAGGAGGAGCACCCUUUCUAACACCUGCUGAAGGCUGCUGUGGGCCUUUCCCGUCUUGUCCUUUUUGUUUCUUCCUCUGAAUCUCUUUUCAUCUUUCAUCCUCUUGUUUUUCUGGCCUUCUCUGGCUGUUGGAACGCAAAGCUCCUGCAUCUUUUGUACCUCCCCCCUCCCUUUUCCCCUUCGGUGGUGUUGGUUUUGCCUCGCACAAGCUGAGUCAUCAUGUCUGAUCUGACGCCUCAGAGCGAAACCCCGACUCCCACCACAGACAAGAUCACCCAGGCUGCCAGGGAGACCAUUUAUCUGUGCAACUUUCGCGUCUCUGUCGAUGGCGAGUGGCUGUGCCUCCGCGAGCUCAACGACAUCUCGCUCACGCCAGACCCCGAGCCGGUCCAUGAAGAUCCCAAGGAUCCCAUCGCAAUCGAGAGGCUUAACUUGAUGAACAUGGCCAAACUGAGCAUCAAGGGCCUGAUCGAGUCUGCGCUCAACCUGGGACGCACGCUUGACUCUGACUAUGCACCGCUGCAGCAGUUCUUUGUCGUGAUGGAGCACUGUCUGAAACACGGGCUGAAAACUAAGAAGACCUUCCUGGGGCAGAACAAGUCCUUCUGGGGACCAUUGGAGUUGGUUGAGAAGCUGACGCCUGAGGCAGGAGAGAUCACUGCCAGCGUAAAAGACCUGCCCGGGCUCAAAACUCCUCUAGGAAGAGGACGCGCCUGGUUACGACUGGCCUUAAUGCAGAAGAAGCUCUCAGACUAUAUGAAGACCAUCAUCAACAGAAAGGACCUGCUCAGUGAAUUUUACGAGCCAAACGCGUUGAUGAUGGAGGAGGAAGGCGCCGUCAUCGCCGGGCUUCUGGUUGGAUUAAAUGUCAUCGAUGCCAAUCUGUGUAUGAAGGGAGAGGACUUGGACUCGCAGGUUGGGGUGAUCGAUUUCUCCAUGUACCUAAAAGACGGUGGACACAGCAGCAAGAGCGUGGAGGGGGACGGUCAGAUCACAGCGAUUCUCGAUCAGAAGAACUACGUGGAGGAGCUGAACAGACAUUUAAGCGCGUCGGUAAAUAACCUGCAGGCCAAAGUGGACGCUCUGGAAAAGUCCAACACGAAGCUGACAGAAGAGCUCGCAGUGGCGAAUAACAGGAUCAUCACUUUACAAGAAGACGUGGAGAGAGUAAAGGAGGAGAGCUCGUAUCAGCUGGAGUCCAGAAAGGCAUUAAGAAGUGAUUCAGCAGCAGACGGACAAGCGCUGGGGGAAACACGCAAGCAGCUCAAAGAGGAAACUUUGCUUCGACUGGAUGUGGAGAAGGAGCUGGAGGUGCAGAUCGGGAUGAAGCAGGAGAUGGAGCUGUCCAUGAAGAUGCUGGAGAAAGACGUCUGUGAGAAGCAGGACGCUCUGGUGGAGCUCAGACAGCAGCUGGAAGACCUUCGUGCCAUCAACCAACAGCUAAUGCACAAGUCACAGAGUGCCGAUGCCAGCUCGAAACAGAAGAGUGAGAUCAUCGUUCGCAUGGAGGAGAAAAUGAACCAGAUGUCAGGGACCAUAAAACAGCUGGAGACCAGAUGCAAGCAGGCGGAGAAGGAGAGGGACCUGGCUUUAGAGGCGAACCGGCUCUUCAAGCAGGACUUUGGAGACAAAAUCGAGAGUCUGCAGGUGGAGGUGGAGCAGCUGAGGAAGCAAAGGUCUAAUCUGGAGCGUGAGCUGAGAAAAGGUCGCGAUCGAAAGAGCGAGCAUCACCUCAGUGCCUCCUCGGUACCUCAGUCCAGCACUCCGCGGACCAACAGGAGACAACCAGAGGAUGUACCAACACAACUCCCAGAAUCCCCGUCAGUGAAGGAGAAAGACCAGUUCCAGAGUGGCCCGGAGGACAAUACCAGCCUGUCCCUGUCCCACCACGAGGAUGAGCAGGAGUCGUUCUUGGAGAUCAGCGAGCCUUCCAUGUGUACGAUGUGUGAGCAGGCCGACUCCCUCCUCAAGACAAAGAAACAGUGUAAGAACUGCAGCGGCGUUUUCUGUGAGAGCUGCGUGUCCAAAGAGCUGCCUUUACCUUCCUCCAUUCUCCCAGAGACGGUCUGCAUCGCCUGCUACUCGCUGUUACUCCAACAAUACGCUUCAUCACCAACAUGAACCCACAAUCAUCACACACAGCAGAGACGCGCGAGUGUAACAAUGGCACCUAAAAACCAAAAAAUCCCAACUUCCUGAGACAUCCUAGGAAUCACUGUGUACGUGUGUGUGUGUGUACGUGUGUGUGUGUGUACGUGUGUACGCGCGCGUUUCCUUAAAAUAAAAACAGCUGACGCCAUUUAUCUUCCUUUUCUGGUUCGUGUUGGUGAUUUAGGCUUCUGUCGGCACUUUUAAGCUAAACUUGCUCUCCCUCACAUGGCUGGAUUUAAACAAAUAAAUAAAAAUCAUCUCAUUUAUGGACACUAAGUGAUGAAAAGUUUAACUGACAUUUUUAUCCCCAGUGUUAACAGAUAAAAAAGGAAAAACUGGAAUUCAAGGUGUUUCGAUUCAGAGAUCAGGAUACGGAGUUACUCGUACCUUUAUGCACUUUUGUGAUUAAACUGGCGUCACAUUCAGGGAAAAUCCUGACAAACUCGGUCAACAAAAUGACCAAAUGCUGUCAUGUGUGUCAUUACUUCCUUAAAGACUGUUUUAAAUAAAAUAAAAAAAUUCAUGCAAUAUAUAUAAAAAAAAUUUUUU